GGCAGUCCCAAGGUCGACGGCACUCGCGGGCGGGAGUGAGGGGUCCUUUCCGGGAAGGACCCACCCCUCGGUCUCGCCGAGACUUGUCACUCGGGACCGAACCUUGGCUGGAGUGGGAUCCAACACGGUAGCGGACUAAGGUUUCAAAAUGACUUCCAUCUUGACUUACACUUUAAAAAACCUUCCUAGCACAUCAAAAUGGGCCCUCAAAUUUUCUGUAAGACCUCUGAGCUGUUCCUCCCAGCUAUUAGCUGCCCCAGCUGCCCAGACCAAAUCAAAGAAGACCUUAGCUAAACCUAAUAUAAGGAAUAUUGUGGUGGUGGAUGGUGUUCGCAUUCCAUUUUUGCUGUCAGGCACUUCAUAUAAAGACCUGAUGCCACAUGAUUUGGCUAGAGCAGCACUUUUGGGUUUAUUGCAACGGACCAGUGUCCCAAAAGACGUUGUCGAUUAUAUCAUCUUUGGUACAGUUAUUCAAGAAGUGAAAACAAGCAAUGUGGCUAGAGAGGCUGCCCUUGGAGCUGGCUUUUCUGACAAGACUCCUGCUCACACUGUCACCAUGGCUUGCAUCUCUUCAAACCAAGCCAUGACCACAGCUGUUGGCCUGAUUGCUUCUGGCCAGUAUGAUGUGGUCGUGGCUGGCGGUGUUGAGUUAAUGUCUGACGUCCCUAUUCGUCAUUCAAGGAAAAUGAGGAAAAUGAUGCUUGAUCUUAAUAAAGCCAAGACAAUGGGCCAACGACUGUCUUUGCUCUCCAAAUUCAGAUUGAAUUUCCUAUCACCUGAGCUCCCUGCAGUGGCUGAGUUCUCCACCAGUGAGACCAUGGGCCACUCUGCAGAUCGACUGGCUGCUGCCUUUGCUGUUUCUCGACUAGAACAGGAUGAAUAUGCCCUGCGCUCUCACAGUCUUGCCAAGAAGGCACAGGAUGAAGGACUCCUGUCUGAUGUUGUUCCCUUCAAAGUACCAGGAAAGGAGACAGUUACCAAAGACAAUGGCAUCCGUCCUUCCUCACUGGAGCAGAUGGCCAAACUGAAACCUGCAUUCAUUAAGCCCUAUGGCACAGUGACAGCUGCAAAUUCUUCUUUCCUGACUGAUGGUGCUUCUGCAAUGCUGAUUAUGGCAGAGGACAAAGCUCUGGCCUUGGGUUAUAAACCAAAGGCAUAUUUAAGGGAUUUUGUGUAUGUGUCCCAGGAUCCAAAAGAUCAGCUUUUACUGGGACCAACAUAUGCAACACCAAAAGUUCUGGAAAAGGCAGGAUUAACCAUGAAUGAUAUUGAUGUUUUUGAAUUUCAUGAAGCUUUCUCAGGUCAGAUUUUGGCCAAUUUUAAAGCCAUGGAUUCUGAUUGGUUUGCACAAAACUACAUGGGUAGGAAAACCAAGGUUGGAUUACUUCCUUUGGAGAAGUUUAAUAUCUGGGGUGGAUCACUGUCCCUGGGACACCCAUUUGGAGCCACUGGCUGUCGGUUGGUCAUGGCAGCUGCCAACAGAUUACGGAAGGAUGGAGGCCAGUAUGGCUUAGUGGCUGCCUGUGCAGCUGGAGGACAGGGCCAUGCUAUGAUAGUGGAAGCUUAUCCAAAGUGAUGGAUCCUGAGGAGGAGACCUGUUUCUGUGCAGCACUUGCACUGGGCAAUGCCAUUUCAAUGCAUUACUAAGUGACACCUGUAGUUCCUAGUUCCUCUUAGGAAAACAUCUGUGGCCUUCUGUUAAGUACUUUGCAAUUAAGCCUUGCCCGUGUUCUGAGGUUUUUCAAUAAUCAUAGCUUACUGCUCUUUCAGGGAUUUCUAAGUUACCACAGUAUCACACAAAUAUGUUUAAACAGUUGUUUUUGAAUCUCUAUUGUCAUUAAUUACUAAAUGAGUGGUUGCAGUUUGGAAAAGAGGUUAUCUGAGAUUUGGAAUCAUCUUUGUAACAUUUGCAAAUUAUACUUCUUCCUAUGUCCUAAAGAUAAGUAUUUUCUCUAAAAUACAAACCAUUGUGCCUAAAUUAACUAAUUAUGAAAAAUAGUUCAUUACCUAAACAUUACUGAAAACCUUUAAAGUAAAUGUUGAGAUACAUAAAUACCAUAUUGGUCAGCCUCAAUAAAGUAUAGAGUAUAUUGGA